UGCUGGUCCUUUCCGUCUACAUUCUGGUUGUUGGUUUUGUCUCUGUUGAAUCAGCCAGGUAUCCCACUGGUGAAUCCCGCCUCUACAAUGACAUUAUCUGGAAUAACAACCCAUAUGAAAGGCCCAUAUACAACAAAUCGGAAACAAUUACAGUUGAAUUUGACUUUCAUCUACAUACUGUGAGCCGAUACAUUGAAUCUCAGCAACAACUCGUAUGCACAGGCUGGUUUACCGUGACGUGGAUAGAUCAGUUUCUUACCUGGAAUACGGAGAUGUAUGACGGACUUGAGUUCAUCAGGCCUCCAGAUAGCUACGUCUGGAAACCGGAUAUUGUUGUGGCCAACUCCUUCCAACAGCUUGACCGCCUCGGGGGAGAUUUCGUGUCUCUGAAAUUAUUUUCGGAUGGACGCGUUCAGUGGAUGCCAGGAGACCUAUUCUACCUGCACUGUGAGACGGACGUCACGGUGUAUCCAUUUGACAGCCUCUCGUGUUCCAUUGAGGUAGUUGUCUGGUCAUAUUCAACCUCAGAGGUGGAGCUGAAAGCCAGGCAGUCAGAAGCUGGAACCUCCAGUUCCAACAUUGGCGGUCAGUGGAAGCUGAAACCAACAUCAAUCACAUCAAGGGAAAAGACUCUUGACAACAAGCCAAUAUCGCAUGUGAUCAUAAACCUCACCCUGGAUAGACGGCCUGUAAAUUUUGUCUUCAACUUCAUCCUCCCUGUGUUAAUUCUGUCCGUCCUGGGGACGUUUGUGUUUCUAAUUCCUGCAGAUUCAGGAGAAAAGAUAUCGUUUGCCAUAACAAUUCCUCUGUCAUAUGGCGUCUACAUGGGCUUCCUGACAGACAUGGUGCCACAGAGCUCGCACGGUAUAUCAGCCUUCGUCAUCUUCCUUGGACUCACGCUUACACUGUCUGCAGUAUUUGUCAUCGUCAGCAUCUUCAGUGUCCGGUUCUGUGGGCGAAGUGACUCAAGACCCAUUAGUAAAACAUUACAGCGUCUCACAAUUUGGAUUGAAAAGGUAGAUGCAGCCGGGCGGUGUAGAAGUCGUGAAAACCCUCCAACUGAGGAAUUAGGGCAGUUACAGGAGCUUCCGGCCAAACCUGCUGCUCCCCCCGUCACAUGGCAGCGGGUGAGCAAAGCCCUGGAUCUGUGUUUCUUCUGGUUACUGUGUAUCCCCUUAUUUUUGGGAAUCCCAGCAAUAUUGAUUUACAUUGCACUGAACUUGUACUACUAGGUGAUGAGUGAGUGAGUUUAGUUUUACGCCGCACUCAGCAAUAUUCCAGCUAUAUGGCA